UAUUCAUAUCAGUUCAGGAUGCAAUAAGUAUGUAAUUAUGAUGUAUGUUCAACUUACAUUAAGUAUUCUUUGCUUUAGGCUGGUCAUAAUAAAAGGACCUGUAAAAAGAGAAAAGUGGCAAUGGGUGAAGAGAGUGCUGCUUCGCAGGUGCCUGAAGGGGAUUAUGAUGAUGACAUGAUGGCUGAAAUGUUCUGGGAGGAGACAUUAAAGGCUGCAGACGCUGAAGCAGCAGCCACUGAGGAUGGAAAUGAUUCCGCAACACCACACCCUGCUCCAGGAAUGCCGCCGCCAACAACCACACAACAGCAACCUCCAACCAACAAUGCAACAACCAGGAAACAAUUUAAAAGGAGAAGUGUUAAGCGACCCCCUCCCAUUGCAAAAACACAGCAACCACCUACCCCAUCUGCCAACAAACCAACUAACACCCCAUCCACACACAACUCUGAAACUACAGCGCAUCCACUGCAAGGUGCUAGUGCUGGGACAUCCAGACGGUUCGUGCAAUUCAUGCCAAUGCCGGGAGUGACUACGGGUGCUACGGGCCGAGGUACAGCUGGUCGGGGUGGAUUUCAUAGCAGGGGACGUGGAAGGAAAGGCCCCUUCAGUGGAUCAAAAACAGGUGUUUCAAGUGGGAGCAGUAACUCAACUCCACUUUGAUAGAAACUCAUGGGUUUGGAGACUCAAUCAACAUAGGAAUUUCAUGGUUCAUUAAUGUUAUGUUUUCGUUUUUUAAUGUACUCGACUAUGGUCGUCAAAAACUGUUGCUGGCAUUUGGUUGUUUUGUUAUAUUAAAGAGCAACUCGAGACUCUUGUAUUGUGUAAUUUUCAUGGUCUGGUUUAGGAUAAGGUAGUUAAACUUGAUUUCAGGGUGUUUUUUGAGCAACCAAACAUGGUCUGGUUUGGCUUAUGUCAUAACUCUUAUUUUUUGUGAAUCAGAAUC